ACUGUCCAGGGCACCGUCUCUCCACAACCAAUAUGCACCCCAUCAGCGUAGUUCUCGUUCUAGCAGGAGCAGUGCUCCUAUUGGCCGUUGAAACGGGACAUGGAGCUACGGUCACUACCACGGCGGCGCCCGAUGCUGGCGGUGCAGCUGGACAGGCUACAGAAGCUCCAGUUUCCAGCAACGGCGGUGUUUUAACAGUUGCUGGGCACGGUUCCUCGGGAAACGCUGGUCGAGCUGACGAGCCUGCGGAAGAACGAAAAUACAUAGAGAAAAUGGCCAAAGAGAGUUGCGAGAAAGCCAGCCAAGAAACCAUUCCACCCGGAGACGUCAGAUACUUCGCUUUGGUAGGAGUUAAGAAGUAUUACUACAUCUGCAAAGGACCCAAGGCACUUCGAGUCGAAUGUACACCCCACAUACUCGACAAAAUAUGUAAGGACAUCAGCAGGAGCACGCCCUGAUGAUAGCUGCUACUGGAUACGACGGUUGACGUGAAGAAAAACGAAGUGACGGCGUUAUCGGGCCCAAAACAGCAGACAGUCCUCCUUGUAAGCUGAUUAUUUGGAAUAAACCCUCCUCAAAACACUC